UCAUUUUCUUCUUCAACGUCUCUCUCUUUUUCAUCUCUUCAACCUUAAAACCCUAAAGAUUUGCCAUUUUCCCCCUCUUUUCUGGUGCCAUGUUUAGCAGCAGAAAGAAGCCCACACUUAACACAGUUUCAGUUAGCUUAGGUUGCGGCGGCUGUAAGAAAUCUAAACUCGCUAGCUUCUUCAACCCCAAACCGAAACCGAAGUCGAAAUCGAAACCCCGGUCUCUUUACACCUACUCAUCUUCUUCGAGCUACUCCAAGACCGCCACCUCGUUUUCUCCAAGCACCGACACUCCUCAAUGCUCCGACGUGGACACCAAGUGUUCGACGGCGACUGUACGUGGUUUCCGCCUUGUUGGAGGAGAGAGCAUGGCGGUGGAGAAAGACUCCGACGACCCUUAUUUGGAUUUCAGGCACUCCAUGUUGCAGAUGAUAUUGGAGAAGGAGAUAUAUUCCAAGGAUGGUUUGAGGGAGCUUCUCAACUGUUUCCUGCAGCUGAAUUCGCCGUAUUAUCAUGGGGUUAUCAUUAAAGCCUUCACGGAAAUCUGGAAUGGGGUUUUCUCCGUCAAGCAUGGUGGUGGUGGUGGUGGCGCCGCCGGUUCGUCACCGACGCUGCAUUUUGGGUUCGGGUCACGUGACCUGUAGGUGCAGCCGCUGCCGCGUUAUAUAUGCUUGGAAUACAGUCUAGUUGGUUAAUUAGUAUAUAU